GACUGCGCAUUCUGUGUAAUUAAUUGUCCUUAACCAUAAGCGCAUCCGUUGUGCAUCCCGAUUGCGAAAUAGCCGCGAUCGAGCAGCGUGAUUAAACGUUGGCCGGGAAGACGUUGCAAAGAUGAACUGGUGGAGGAGGAUCCUUAUGGCUGCCGGUCAGUGCUGGAUCUUCUUGCCGGUGCUGUAUGUGUGUAGCGUCUUCGUGCACAGCGUGGCCGCGGUGCAAGAUUAUCCCGGACCGGUGAUGCCGGCGCGGUCCGCGUUCCCCGCAUCCGGCGUAUUCGAGGGACGCAGCGCAGCGUCGCGGUCGACGCCGGGCACGUUGCUAACCGAUUCCUACCGGCAAACGACCGAUAAAGCAGCUUCUUGCCACGCCGUCGGCGACAAUAAACUGGUGCGCAUCCCGCGCAAACAACUGCAGACCAAGCCGCUCGUCCCGUACCAGCCGCGCUCCCUCAUCAAAUCCACGGAGGGCCUCUUCCAGAAUCAGCCGCAUCUCACUUAAUAACCGCCAUCCCUGCGCAACAUCCUAGUCCCUUUUUACUCGUAGAAAAUAAGCAUUAAUUCUGUAAUAUUAUAUUUUAAUUUUAAUUUUUUCUCGUCUUGACGUCACGUGUACAUUUAUAAUUCUAAUACAGCGCUAAUCAAAACGAGUUAUAACAAUUAUAA